GGUGAGAGUGGGGUUGAUAGGAGGCAAGAGUCUGUCAUGGCGGCGCGCACCACCGCCAGGCAAGCGGCAGCUCGACAUCUUUCCUCGUCGCGUGUUACGCGCUUCUGUAUCUCGGCUUUUCUUCGAACUACGACUUGGUUCUUCGUCGAAAAGGACAUUUCGCUCGCAGGAUAUUCACGGAUUGGUGUUUUCGAUCGAAGCUUUGCGCGAGUGUGAGAAGCGUUCUGUGCUCUUCGAUUUUUCGUUUCUCCUUUUUCCUCUCUCUCUCUCUCUCUCUCUCUCUCUCUCACUCUCUCUUUCUCUCUCUCCCUCUCUCUUUCUUUCCCUCCUUCAGCAGUGGCACAACUUGUGAUCAUUUGUUUUGUGCGAUCAAAUCGUUUGUGAUCUGUAUAUACCUGAGAGAGACACAGAUGAUCCAAAAACCAUACACGCGUAUGUGGUCCCUUUAGAAUCUUCUUAAUGGGAUCGAAAAAAGGAAAGGCAAGUGUCAAAGGGUUGGUUGCUCGAAGUAGAUAUUUCCAAAAGAGACGAGACAUUUUUGAAUAAGUCAAAACGGUUGCUGUGUCGUGGGCUCAAUCGAUCUUGAAGGUUGUGUCUUCCGAAGGUCGCUUCGAUACUCCCACGGAAUUUCCGCAUCGCGCUUUGGAUCGAACUCCGCUCGCGUCGUGCGUGACACUUUGCCUCGACAAGAGCCCAGCACUGCUCUCUGUGUGUAAACUUUUUCUCUAUUUUCCCGACGACCAUGCCAACGUCGUGACGAGCUGGUGGAAGAUGUCGCGUAGCAGUGAGUCGUUUGAUUAAACAGACUAAUCGUCGUAAUUGUUUAUCAAAGGAUACUUCAGGACAUUUGCGGAUCUGAAGAAGUUGAAGUGACAUCGGCGAAGAUAGGCGAGGGUGGCCAUCGCGGUUGGACCGAGUUGACAGCGGCCGAGUCUCUUCAAAACGGAUUAGCAGGAGUAACAAUGUCCUAGCGAAGGCAGGACCUCGUCUAGACCGCUCCCCCUCGUCCUGGUCCAUCUCUUCCGAAACCUGAACCCUUGCUAAUGUUGUUGUCCUAAGCCAACGCGUACCAAGCAAAUUUUACCCGUGCUGUCGCAUUACAUACACACAUACACGAAUACACACGUAUACCUAUAAACACAUAUACCGAACUCGCUUUCGUCCUCUCUCUCUUUACCAUCUCUUUUUACUUAUCAUUCUUUCUCCAGCUUUACUUUUUUUUCUGCAACACUCUGCUGCUUGUUACGAAGAAGGGGAAAUAGAGAGAAAGAAAGGAACAUAGACGGACAAAACUAAACACGCACAGAUAUACGUACAUAUCCAAAGACUCACACGCACAUAGACGAGCGCGAGUUUCCCGAAUCCGGCCAAGUCCAAAGUCCUUAAUCCCGUGGGGCUCCGCCCGCACGCGAAGGAACCACACCCCGAAUAGAGAAAGAGAGAAAGAGAGAGAGAGAGAGAGAGAGAGAGAGAGAGAGAAAGACAGACAGAUAGAGAGAGAAAGAAAGAAAGAGAGAGAACGAGAAGAAAACUCAAGAUCCGGAUUUAACGUGCUCCUUGGUGAUGAUAGCAACACGCUACGGUGGUUAAGGUGGCUCUCGAGGAGAAGCUGAAAGUGGCGAGGAGGAUCGUGAAAAUCGGCAAACGAGGCGGGCGAUCCGGAGAGCGGUAGUGGCGGCGGAGCGGCAGGGAUACUAUGGGAGCGGGGGUAUGGGGGGCGGAGGAGGGCUACAAGCCACGGACCUCCGGCGAAGGCUCGAGUCCCAGUCUUGCGAACGAAAUUCUUCUGAGAAUCCUCUUUCCCUAAGGCAAGAUGGUUUCUACGUACCUGCGGAGAAUGGCACUUGCGAGGAUGAGGACAAGGCUGAGUUCGGAGCGAUUCUCGUUUCCGGCCAGCCAACGUGUACAGGUUCCCGGACGUAUAAACGUCGAGAGAAAGAGGAGGAUACGGAAGAGAGAAGAAUUUUGAGGCGUGUAAUAGGAUCCGAUGGCUCCUUCCACGGGAAGCUGAGGUUUUCCACGAAAAGUUUCAACCGCAUCGAGAAUGAGGCGGAAGCGACGACGGAAGGGGAAGGUGAGAGGAAGCAGCGACUGCGAUGGUGUCGCAGGGACUUCCGGCAGAUUGCGGAAGUGGCGACAAGGACUUUGCUUUUGGGCAUCGUGCUCCUCGUCACACCAGGACUUUGUCACCAGGACGCGGUGCACAUAACGGCUAUAUUGGGAGAGAGCGUUGUCUUCAACUGUCAUGUAGAGUUCCCUGGUGAGCACCCAGUGCCCUACGUUCUCCAAUGGGAGAAGAAGGUAGGCGACAAGGGGCAGGAGAUACCGAUAUACAUAUGGUACGAGUCGUAUCCGACCCACAGUGGCGAAGGUUACGAAGGUCGCGUCUCGAGAGUGAGCCCAAAUUCGAAUUAUGGAGUGGCCAGCCUAAACCUUACAAACAUCCGUGAGAGCGAUCAAGGCUGGUACGAGUGCAAGGUCGUCUUCCUCAACAGGUCGCCUAACAGUCACAAGAACGGUACCUGGUUUCAUCUCGACGUCCACGCGCCACCCAGAUUUAGUAUAACGCCCGAGGAGAUGAUUUACGUGAAUCUGGGCGAUGCGAUAAUAUUGAACUGCCAAGCCGAGGGUACCCCGACGCCUGAAAUUCUCUGGUACAAGGAUGCAAAUCCUGUCGAACCUUCGCAAACCAUCGGGAUUUUCAACGAUGGUACUGAAUUGAGAAUUGCUACUAUCAAGAACGAGGAUAUUGGUGAUUACACUUGCAUUGCGAGAAAUGGAGAGGGUCAAAUCAGUCACACCGCGCGAGUCAUCAUUGCAGAUCGAGCGAAUACCGAUAUGGAAAUUCCGGUAACCACAGUAUCAGAGAAUACCUCAAAGCGAACCAGUAAUUUGAUGGUGUUGUUAUAUCGGCAUAGACGCUCGAUACGAUCAAAUAAUCAAAGAGGAGCCGUCAUUAUGGUACCGCCAUCAAAUCAGACGAAGCUCGAAGGAGAGAAGGUUCAGUUUUCUUGCGAGGCGAAAGCUCUUCCGGGUAACGUGACGGUACGUUGGUUUCGGGAAGGUGCACCCGUCACGGAAGUUUCGUCUUUGGACACGAGAGCUUCCAUCAGGAUGGACGGCAGCCUUGUCAUUAGUCCUGUCAGCGCCGACGACUCCGGUCAAUAUCUCUGCGAGGUCACCAAUGGCAUUGGCGAACCCCAAAGUGCCAGCGCCUAUCUCAAUGUCGAGUAUCCAGCGAAAGUCACAUUCACGCCGACGGUUCAAUAUCUGCCCUUCCGGCUUGCUGGUGUAGUUCAAUGCUAUAUCAAGGCUAAUCCGCAAUUACAAUAUGUAACGUGGACGAAGGACAAGCGACUCCUCGAGCCUUAUCAGACGAAGGAAAUCGUGAUAAUGAACAACGGCUCCCUGCUGUUCACGCGAGUCAAUGAGAAUCAUCAAGGAAGAUAUACCUGCACUCCAUAUAACGCUCACGGCACGCAGGGUAGUUCCGCGCCUAUGGAAGUGCUCGUUAGAAAACCACCGGUUUUCACACUCGAGCCCGAACCGAUUUAUCAAAAGAAGUUUGGCGAGACUGUGGAAAUGCAUUGCAACGCUCAAGAGGCGGAAGGCACGCAGAAACCUACUAUACAAUGGCAGAGGAAAGACGGUGCUCCGAUUCAACGCAACCGAGCGAAAAUCAACGGCGGUAAUCUGACGAUCGAAAGUCUCCGACGAGCUGACUUUGGGUUUUAUCAUUGUAUCGCAACGAACGAAGUUGCUACAAUUUCCACUUCGACGCAGCUGAUCGUCGAGGGUACCCAACCUCACGCGCCUUACAAUGUCACUGGCAACGCUACAGAAUUUUCAGUAACGUUAAAUUGGUUACCUGGUUACUCUGGUGGACCUGAUUAUAAACAAGACUAUACCAUCUGGUAUAGAGAAGCUGGUACAUCAGAGUGGGAAAUGAUACCUGUGACACCAUCAGGAAGUACAACGGUUACGAUCAACAGACUGACACCGGCUACGGUUUAUGAGUUUCAGGUUAUCGGAAAAAACGCUUUGGGCGAUGGAACAAUGAGCAAAGUCAUCACCGUCAGAACUCUCGACAUCUUAGAUUAUAGUACCCUCAUAUUACCGACCGAUUCUACUGGAAAUCCCGUCUUCCCGACAAUCAUAAGGCCGAAAGGACCGAAACCAGGUCCACCGAAAAAUCUCACAGUGACCGAAAUCAGCAAUGGCUUUCUGAUUACUUGGGAAGCUCCUACAGAGCGGAAUCAUCUCAUUCAACAUUACACUAUUAAAUACAAAACGGACGGGCCCUGGAAAAAUCUCAACAAGGGACAAAUCCGUCCGGAGGAAACAAGCUACUUGGUGAAGAAUCUGGUCGGUGGUAGGACGUAUUAUUUCCAAGUAUUCGCCAACUCAGCGACAAAUUUUGGUGCCAGCGAUCAAGUGAAAUUUCCUGUGCCUGCUCGUGUGAAGCAUAAGGCGAUCACGGCCGGGGUUGUGGGUGGUAUUCUUUUCUUCAUCGUCGCCAUUAUCCUGAGUAUUUGCGCGGUGAAGAUCUGCAAUAAGCGGAAAAGACGAAAACAGGAGAAAGAACUGCUUUCAGCGUAUAACAUGGUGACUUGCCGGGUCACUGACACCAGGAAUGGCGCAGGGCAGGGGCCCCAAGGAACAGUGCCUUUGAAAAAACCUAGAAAAAGCAGAGUACCAGGUCUAAAUCUCCUACGGGAGAUUCUGAGUCCAGACACCCCGGACUCAUGCCGCGGUCGUCCUCUCGGUAAGAUCUCUCGCGCGGCCGACGGCCGGUUCGUCGUGGCGGAUUCGGUUCUCAGUUCGGCGAACAACAGCAUCCUGGAUGCAUCAAGCAGCGACGACGGUGGCUUUCUGCCUAAGCAACGGCUCAAGUCCUCUUGGCGACGUCCCUUGGUCGGCAACAGUCAGCUGAGCCUGAGAUCAUCGGGUAGCGGUGUCUCGAUAGGUGCUUUGCACGCUGCUCAUCAUCACCAUCAGGAUGCGGUGAAUUCAUUGGCCAGGAUACCACCAACGAUCUGUACCAUAUCGUCGCCCAGAUUCUUAGCGAGUUCACCGAGCGGUCCCCACGUACCCUGGACGCCGUUAUACUUCAGCGAUCUCAGCUCCGUGAGACAACCAUCGUCAGGGGAAAGAUCCUUCCCGACCCCUCCAAGUUACCUUCAACUGCGAACCGUUCAUCAACGUUACAGCCAAGAGCUCCCAUCUUUGAAGGCGAUCCACGCCGAGUCCAGAAGAUUCGUACCCGUUCAACCUCUUGCUACCUCGUCUCCGCCUCAAUCCGCUGGUCGACCAAGGGCGAGACUUCCACCGAGACACGCCAGGCACGCCAGGUCGGCGCCUGAACUGGCUGCGUCUCCGGAUUUGGAGACCUCGCCUGAAAGUAGAUCCAGCAGUUCGGGUUUCGGUAGCAAGAACACAUCUCAACAGAAUCAGAGCUCGAGGAGCGGAAGCACGGUGGCUGAAUGGAGACCACCACCUUAUAGGCCACCGCCGCCUCCUCUGGUUGGUCGGUGGUUGGAGCUUCAGGACCAGGCGAAGGUCGGCCACUUGAAGAAUGCCGUAGAUGCUGGUAGCGUAGAUGGACACUACGAGUUCGAUCCUGCCUCCUGUACGCCUACACCUACCUCUGCCUCCACUCCUACUAGAGAGGAAAGACCACCGGUUCAUCAAAUACACGCCAUCCAUGUGCCGCACGUUCAUCAGGUGCACACGGUUCAUCAUCAACCAUCGAGAUACAGUAGGGAUAAUAUCGAGGCCAGAGUGCAGGCCAUGAAGGCCGAAUUCCAUCAAUUUAGGCAAAGGCAGGCUAGGAGAAAGCAGAGCACGCACUUGGAAAGCGCUUGUUAAAGCUCUUCAAAGAAAACUCGUCAGGCUGAACGAGAAUUCGACGAUCAAGGAUGAUUCGCAUCGUGGUGGCGUGGUACGAUUAGAUACGGUCCAAUACCCGAAAACCUAGUAACGAGACAUUCCCAUUGAACGGAUAUAUCGGAGGACCAAGAAUCUGUCGCGGUCGAAGACAACCUGGUAUGCGUGCUUUCCUUUGGGAAACCCUUCGGCAUUAAGACCAAUCGUCAAGGCACAAACAACGAGAAUCAUCAUCGCGUAACGGUAUCGAAGUAUAGGCGCGUUUUAAAAAAAGUCAAUUCCGCUAGCCAAAGCAAUCCUCUCCGACAUUAAGAGAGGGCUGUUUUUACGAGCGCCAAGCUCAGAAUACAUAUGUUUCCCUCGAUCACGAAGAACAACGGAGUAGAUACGAAACGUUCAGACGUUCGCGUCUUUUUUACGAAUAAAAGAAAACGCAAAUGAGAUCAUCACACCGAACGAGUUUCUCGAGAUCGCCUAUCGGCAGAAGACGAUCCAACGAGGAUGAAAACAGCGAAAAUGCCUAUGGUCGAUGAACGUCAGAUGACGUACAAAGACGGAAGAAGAAAAUUGAGGAAAGAGAAAAGGGAAGAGUGUUGCUGGUUGCGUUCCGCGAUAAUAACAACCGCGCCUACGUCCAUACCGAGUGGACCGUGAUUUUUAACAUAAAGUAAAUAAGAAUAACAAAGAAUCAAGGAAUGCACCAAAAACGCUGAGGAAGGAAGACACGAAGCGAAAUGGACAAUUUUUUUUUGUAAAGCUCAGUGAAACUGCCCCGUGGCUAUGAGUCGCGCAAAAGGAUUGAUAUCUCCCGCUGGCUCAAGAUUAGAGGCGAGUCAUUAAAACAUAAGAGAACGAGAUCGACGAUGAACAAAAGAGAGGGAAUAAAACGAAGAAGCGAAAGGGAGGAGGAAGAGGAAUAGAUAGACAAACGGCAUGACACUCCAAAGAAACUGUACCACUGUACGUGCUCCGUAUACCUUUUAACAAAAAAAAAAAAACGAAACAUUAAGAUUAAACGUAAUCGUACGCUGUAAGUACUAAGUAAUGAAACUAAAGCAAAUGAAAAAAAGUAAGAUAAUCGAAAAAAAUAACGAGAAACACACGCAAAAAAGUACACACACGCAUAAAUACACAGACACAUUCUCAUUACAUUACGAAACACGCGCGUACACACGAAGACACAUUAAAACAAGUCGGAAUAGUACAGUAGAUCCCCGUAUAAUGCGGGUUCAUAUAACAAAGAUUCAUAUAACACGAAUUCAUACAACACGAUGCAAAAAUUGUGGCAGUAUAACACGAUAACUAGGAGGAUCUGCCUCCUAAACCACCAGUGAAAACGCAUCACUUUUUCGCAACAGGCACGACCGAUGUAGUUCGAGUUAAUCGCUUAUACUAUUUUAAAUAUUCCUGCACAAUGUUUAUCGUUUUUGUUGCAUAUUUGAAUUUGUAUAAAUUUUUUAAUUUUUGAAAUGCCCGCUUUUAAACCAAAAGACAAAUUGAACGUAAAUUUUUCGUGGAUCUUCAUAGCUUGUAAUCUCAGUUUUUAUAUAAAUUUCAAUGAAUCAGUCUAACCGUUCAGACGGUAGAGUGGAUACACAGACACGCACACACACAUACACAUAUAUUUAGAUUUUGAUAUGAAACGUAAAGAUCCAAAUGGGUUUUUGGAUAUCUCAAGUAGUCUCGGAGAUAAUCGUCUGUUACACUUUUCGCUAAUAUCGAGAGCAUAAGUAACUCCCAGCGGUCGUGCCUAAAAAGUAAUUAUAUCGAUGAGCAAUGGACUCGAAACGUGAUAUUAGGCCGAAGCUUGCCUCGAGGUUGCUUAAGGACUCACUCGUACUGCACUGCCUGUUUAGGGUUUCGCUAGCGACCCAACAUAUUAUCGGCACAAUAAUUUUUCUUAAGUAACUUAAAAAGAAACGAGAAGUAAAAAUAAUGUUCUUUGAAUCUACGCGCGCUCGGCCGGCGCGCAAAUAGCGCAGAAUACGCAUGCGCACGCUCGCACGUAGUGCCGCCAGUCGGAGCUGGUGCGACCUCGCCGAUAACACGGCGGCUAUCUUGGAGUCUCGAGGAAUAGCAUUAAUUAGCGUCCAAUUUCGAUUCAAUUAAUUACGAACGAUAUCGUCGAAACUCGAAAUCAUUUUUCCUUCGAUCUUUUUUCCUUUAUCUUUUUUAAUUGCAUGGCGAUUAGAAAUGAAUCGAACGAUUCUGUCUUUUCGUACGACAUAUCGUUCCUCCGUCGCGACCAAAUCCUUAAAGAUGAAAAAAAUGAUAGAAAAGAAACUGGAGGAGGAAAAAGAAAAAGAAGAAGAAGAAGAAGAAGAAGAAAUGACGGUCAUUCUUCUUCGUAAGGGCGGAAGAACGUGCGUACAUGCGUGUGUGCAAUCACGUCUAAAUUGCCGAUCAGCCGAGAUAUUAGCGCCACCGAGGAGAGAUAAAAAAGAGAUAUUAAUUAUUACGCGCGAACGUGCGUAUCACGCGUACACCGACGCGACGUAUAAAUAUAUAUAUAUAAAUAUAAAUAUAAAUAAAUAUAAAUAUGAAUAUAAAUAUAAAUAUAAAUAUAAAUAUAAAUAUACGCGAGGAACACCACGUCAAACACAAGUACAUACACCCGCAUACACACACACGUACACGCACACCGAAAGGGAGAAAAACAAGAAGCGUUUGUAGAAACGCAAAGGAAAAGUCCCAGAAGGAAGAAAGUGGAAGAAGAAGAUAUAAAAAAAAGGAAGAGUGCAUAUUGUUUCGAAUUAUCUCUAUGUCGAGGUCGAAGGUCGGAAGUUCGACCGAGAGAGUACGCGGGCGAAUAUAAAUACGGUCUAAAAAACGAAAUGAUCGUUGUGCGUCACUAGAAUUAUAAUUAUGAUUAUGAUUAUUAUUACUAUUAUUAUAUAACGAAAGAAGGACGAAAGAAAGGUUCGCGAUAAGACGAUACGUUCCUUCAGACGACGCCUUUUGCGAUUUUUCAAAGUCAGGUUCGACGAGAAGCUAAUCGACAUAAUAAUUUCUUUUCUCACGACUCUUCUUUUCCUAUUUAUCUGUCAUCGAUCUCUCUUUUCCUCGCAUUACCAAAAUAUCCCGAAGACUCCCCAGGUCAAAACCGCACCUGAAGAACCUCGACUUCAACGUUUUACUUUUUUAUAGUACAAACAUUUAUUUAUAUAUAUAUAUAUAUAUUAUAAAUACUUAUAAGAGGGCACUACUCACGAUUCAACUAUAAAAAUGCGACGAAAACCACGAAAGAGAAGAGUUGGUAAUGAAAAAGGGAAACGAAAAAGGAUCGACUCUCUCGUGGUUGAAUAGAAUUUUUUUUGUCAAAGAGGUAAAGUGCGUGUUUGCCAAAACGUGCGAAUGUAAGUGUGCGAAUGAGGGAAAAAAUAGACUUUGUGUAUAUUGUCAGAGAAAUGGAAAGAGAAACAAAUAAAAAAAGAGCGAACGAACGAACGUAAAAUAGGGAAGAGAAAACGGCGGGAUGAGAGUAGUGAGAAAUGCCGGAUGACGCGAAGUGUACCAAUAUUCUAAAGUAAUUCUAAUGAUUGACUUAAUAAUUUGAUAAUUAAUUGAUAUUGUAAAUCGUAACGACGUAGCGUGUAGUUUAUUAAUCAACGAGAAUGAUGAAAACGCGCCGAGGAAUCGAUCGGUAUGUCUGUAUUUUGCGAACGAAUGGUGGGGGUGGAUUUUGAGAGGAUGCGUUUUAAAGCAAAAAAGAAGAAAAAAAGGAAAGAGAAGAAAAGGAAAUAGAGAAUCAAAGGAGACUUUUUUCAAUAUCGAUAUUUGACGAAAAUUCGAUUUCAUUUAAAAAGCACUCAAGUGUUUGUUGCUGGGAUGUCAUAAGUGUUUAUUACCAUGUAAUAUGAAAAAUAAGCAUUCGUGGUAUUCCAAGGUUCGACCUAGUCACGAAGACUAAACUUUGAAAAUUAUGAGAAAAUGCUUAAGAUCAUGGAAUCGAAACGAAAUUUCGAUCUUUCUCGAUUUCUCAAACGAAUUUGUUUAGAGUACGUGCGCGCGCAAGAUGGCACCAAAUCAUCACACUUUUUUAAUACCAAGUACUUUGUACAAAUCGAAUCGUCGUUACUCGGGCCGCGAUCGUUCUCGCGUUGUCUUCGUUGACAUCGUUAGAGUACUCGUGAAAGAUCGAAACGAAGUUUUGCGAAUGAAUUAAAAGGCAAGGAAAAAAGAAAAAUAAUUAAAAACGUCGACCUCUUCUCUCCCCUGCUUAGGCCAUGUUUUUCUUUUCCAUAUGUGGGUAGGAAAGGGAAUUAAAAAAAAAGCAAGCGAAGAAACAAAAACCGUGACGUAGUCGUAUAAGUAACGUGUAGAUAUAUCAUAGUUAGAUACAACGAUCUCAAAUGGACACGCUAAAUGUGAAUGGUCGUAAAAAACGAAAAGGAUAGAAUUAACUAAGAAAAUCUGAAGGAAGCCUCGCGGUUAUCAUGGAUAAAAGAAAAAAAAAAGAAAGGAAGAGGAAGACAAAGAGCGAUAGUGUGUAUGUGCGCGAGAGAAUGAGAAACGAAAUAGGGUUCAGCAUGAAUGAAUCGCGACGUCUUAACGAUCGUUAAAAGAAAUAUGGUUGAAUCGUGAACUUGCGUAAAACGUUCGACACCCGCCCAUCUUUUACUAAUAUACACAUUCGUUGGCCGAGCGAGAAGUUAAGCUUCAUUUUUGUACGUUUUUACGUUUUCUUCUCUUUUCGCGAAGUCACGUAGUUGCUCGACGUUACACACAAAGAAUGUACUUUCCGUUUAACGAUUAUUCGAGUCUCUAUAAUCUCCUCACGUUCGGAACAAACCGAACGAGAGAUAGUUUAAAGAAAAUAAAAGUAUCGUCGACGGUCUCGUAUGUUAGUUGUUAAGUUUUUCGAUCUCCAUACGAGCGUACCUGACAGCCAUUGGGCAUACCGAGAAUUUUCUUCUCGAUUUUCAAUCGGCAAAGUUGCAAAUUUUUACAUUUAUUUUCUCGUCGUUCGUUCGUUUAUACGUCGGCGUAGAUCUUGAUCAGAACGAUAAGCGUGACACUCGGUAUUCUCGACUUACAAAACCCGAAACGCUUUCGCGGAAUGGAAGACCGUAAUCGAAAAUCUAGCUCGGUCGUUAUCAAGAUCGCGAUUGAUCAAGGACGAUGCAACAGAUCGAGACGAGUAUCUCGACGAAGAACUGUAUUAAAAAAGAGAGAGAGGAGAAAAAGAAGAAAAGAAACGAGAAAGAAUAGCUAAUGGCUCUCGGGUACUAACUCCGAUACCGAUUUCGCGACGAUACAAUUAAGCAUCGAAUCUCGAAUAUUUUCAUUCUCGACGCGAUACAACGAAGUAUCGAUCGAGGAACGAUCGUCGCGUAAUCGGCAGGAGAGAAAAGAAGUUGCGUGGUAUUAAAAAAAAAAAUAAAUAAAAAAAUAAAAAAAUAACAAAAAAGAGUAAUAAAAAAAAAAUAAGAAAAAAUAUCAAGAAGGGAAGCGAAUACCUUUCGCGCGUUUACACUUGUAUACAUACACAUACACACAGACAGACACACCGGCGAACGAAUCGUUAUUGCGUUUUUUAGUAAUUAAUCGCACCUAAAUAAUUCGUAAGAGAAUCCGUCGACUCUCUUUUUCCACAGUACAAGAAACAAUGGUAUUUAAGAGUUUUCAUUUUAGUCGCAAAACUUUAUGGAUAAUCGCAUAUAUAUUUCACGCGCACGCCGUUGUAAAACUUCUUAAAAACCCUUCGCAUAAGCGGCGUAUGAGGUGAGGAAAGAAAAUGGAUCGAAAAAAGAAAAAAAGAGAACAAAUCUACCUACUUCUUGUAAAACGCGUAAAACGCUCUUCUUCUGUAACUCUCAAUCUCAGUCCGUCUUUUCACUUUUCUUCGCUUUCACGGCGAAAAAUCACCACCUUCCGUCGUCGUUGUCGUCAUCGUCCUGUUCAUGCGCGCGCGCGAACACACGCUCAAUCAAUUUCACACCUUGUCUUUUCUUUUCUUUCUCACUUUCUGCGGUGAACACGAACGAGGAAAACCGAAACGAUCAAAAAAGGAAAAAGAAGGAACAAAAAAAAAUGAAACAAUAAGUAAGCGAUUAACCUCUAUGUUCACAUUCAACAAUCCCGUUUUGAUUCGAUCGAUCUAUGCUUUCUCGCGAACUCCCCGAGAACUCCAAGACGUACUAACUUAGGACAAAUUGUAGACAAUUUAUUAUUAAAUAAAAUGAAAAAUAAAGCGACAUUUGAAACGAAA